AUAAAGAGCCAGCCAAUCAGAUAGCGUAUAUGUUGUAAAUUCACAAUACAAAGAAGUAUUUCAGUUUUCCAGAAAAAAAAUAUCAAAUUUCAUGGGUUUUUAAACCUUUAGUACUGCGGAAAACACGAUGCGGAAGUCUAAACGUGGCCCAGCAGCCACAAAUACAAGCUGCCCAUGUUGUCCCCCGAGUGAUGAGCCUAGUGGGAACAAAAAACGUAAAACAAACUCACAGUCUGCAACAUCUAAAAAACAAACAGACUCUGCGUGCAACAAUAAGUUGAAUAACUCAAGUACAGUACGAAAUACAACAAAAUCGAAAUCGGUGCCCACUAAAAAUACAAAUGGGAAAUCGACGACAAAACAGCCCGUAUGUGACAAUACACCACAACAGUCCAAGUCUAACAGAAAUCCACCUAACAGUAUGAACUCUGAAAUUCAUCAGAACAGCAGUGACCACGAGAUCAGUAGCGAUUCUGAGGACGAAGCAGUUCAACAUCCUGUACCAGUCGCUGAGGACUCAAGACUAUAGCAACCAAAGCGAUAGCAGUGUUGAGAGUUUCAGUGAUGUAGUCGCACAGCAUACAACGGACAUCAUGGG